AUGCAACCUGCUCCAGCCCUCAGUCAACCCUGGAAGGAGUGGUAUAAACCCUCAAACGGUCCCCUCGGUGAGAGGAUGGUGAUCCCAUACAUGGCGGCUGGAAACGGAGGUGGAAGUGGAGCUCUCCCGAGGGCCCCAGCCAAGCCUCAGCCUGUCCCCAAGGAGGAUAAGGAGUAG